UGUAAAUAAGCACUUGCCUCUAGAGAAGUCACCGCCGCCGAUACCAACCCUCAGGCAGCUCGUCUUCCGCCGCAUAAAAAGGCCAAAGCAGCCGUUCAAAUCAAUUACAGGAAAUUAGCCCUCAAGCAAUUACUUGAACUGGGACAUAAUGGACGACACUAAAUCCCUGAAUCAAUUCAUUGAGGUUGAGAUUGAAGCUGAAAAACUCUUAUUGGGACGCCAUGAGUUGGUCGAUAUUGAUAGAAUGAGGAAUGGGAACAGGGAGGCUUUAACAGCACUAAGGAAGAGAGCUAAAACUACAAAAACCAGUGUUCCUUCACCUUUCGAAGCUCUAAUGAAGGAUAUUGAACCAAGGCCAUUGGUGAAUGAGGUUUGUGCAACAUGUGGUCAUCAUAAUGCUAGGGAGAGCACAUUGCUUAUGUUCCCUGGAACUGACACCUUUGCAACUAUACCGUUUCAUGCUGCUCAUACCAUUUUGGAAGAAGAUCAAGCACGCCUUGAUUUUGAUUCCAAAAAGCUCCAGAGCUUCGUGAAAGAACAAUCUCUAAUUCUUUCAGAAAAAGGUGCCCUUUCUGACAAGAUCGGUCCUGGAGUGCUAAAAUCUCUGGUGGCCUUAACUGACAAACCAAAGAUUGAGGAGGAUGAUUGACAACCUGAUGCAGUUGUUAUGGAUGGGAAGUGAGUUAUUUUUCAUAUGGUGUAAAAUAUUGCACGAAGAUGGCCAAACACAUGCUAGAGCGCGAAAGACAGUGACUAGAGAAGCUUCCCGUUGAGUAUGAGAGGCUACUAACAACUAACAAGUCACUUUUCUUGAAUCAAGCCCAAAAUUGUCGCUUAAAGGAGAGGUGCUAGUGUUCUACUAUUAAUUAUGUUAGAAGGUCAUUCGUGGCCAAACUAUAUGAUGGAUAACUGUGAAGUGUUGUGUCAUAUACCUUACUACUGCUGGAGCGGUUACACCGACGCACCUCUUUGAAUGGACAUGUUACGAUAAAGGUUUCAUAGGGAAAAAGUAAGCACAUGAUUUCGAAGAAAAGGAGGAGCAGGCAUGCUUCUGAGACCCAAGAAAGUUUGGUUUGUGCAGUUACAUUUGUAUUAUGUUUUUGAAACAUAAACAUCGCCUAGUGCUGAUAACAACGUUAGAAUUUCAUCGUCAAGCCGCUCCUUGGCUCUAUUAUGUCCAUUCAAUGAAUGCCUUUGGAUUUCUAGCUUCAUAGAUAGGAAAGUUUGUGAACCGGUUUUGAGUGGAAGUCUAUAAUUUUGUCUGACGAAAA